CUGCAAAUGUAUUGUCGACCUUUUGACACCAAGCACGUGUUACAAUUCUCGAACAGGACUGGGUACAAGUUAGUCCGAUAAGAUGGCGGGUAAUCUAGCAUGUUGUCUUUGUCUAAGGUCGCCUUGUUUUAGUUAGGAAACCGGGAAACUGACACCUUAUCAUGGCGGAUAAAAGGCCCAAGCGACAACGGACUGGAAGAUCCUGUAUGGUAAGUGGUCUAAAACGAUGGUUUUUGGCUAUACUUGAGGAAAUCGCGAUUUUGAGUUGGCGCAAAAGACGCUUGAAAACGUGCUCCAAUCAAAACAAUGAAAUUAUUUGAAAGGGACUCGGAAAAUAUCGUGCUAGUACACAUGUUUACGUUUAAUGUUACUCGCAAGUGUAGUUCAGACUUGUGAUUUAUUAGCGAGUUGCACUAAACUCAAAUAAAGCCAAUCUGGUGAAGAAUUUAGAACAGAAAAGGCACAAUCUAAGCUUAAAAGAUUCAGUGACCCUCUUUGGUUGAUUUCGUUCUAAUCAGAGAACGGAUUAGAUUCAAAGUAAAUCAUCUUUAAAGAUUAUGUUUAGGUACUAGUUACUCUGACGACAUAGAUCACUGAGCUCUUUUUGCUGCAAAAUGUUUCUGAAUUAUCAGUGAAUAUGCGAUGCGCUCCUCUUGCAAAUAAAGAAAAAAAAAGAUUAGCACCAACGCUGUUUAAUUUAAUCGGAUAAAGCCGGCUAGUGUACUUGAGAUCUACGCUUAGGAUUUGCCUUUAAGAUCAGUAUAGAAAGGAUCGGAUUUGGCAGAAAAGUUGAAGUACUUUCAACCUCUUCAGGUCCCUGUGUACUUCAUUGGUAAAACAGUCUUACAAUUCCUGGUGACCCUGCUUUUCGAGACGCGCGGCCUUAGUUCUUUUGAUUAAAUGCCCAUGGAAAUUGCUCUUCACUUGAAUUUUAAGCUCUGUUUCUUUUUCAAGCAGUUCUUUGAUGCAAGUCUGCAACACAGAGAAGAAAUCGAGUUAAGAAGGGCACUUAAUGAGUCUUUGAAAGAAGCACGAAGUGCACAACAGAAACACGAAGAGCCCGCACAACCGAGCGCAGAAACAAGAUCGAUAUGCACUAAUACUGAAACAAGGCUACGUUUGAAAAAACCCCGUGGUCCUAAACUGAAAAAGUGCAGCAAAACCCGCUCUUUAGAAAUAAAACAGAAUGAAGGUAUAACGAAAGGGAGUGAACCUACCAUCACAAAUGAGGAGGUAUUAGCGAAAUCCAAAGACCAAAAAGGAGAUUCAGCUAAAUGGAGAAAGCUUCAGAACAAGGGAUCCCUGAGUGAAAAACAACAGAGAAAAGAACUUCAAAGUCCAGAAAAAUCAGACAAAGUUAUUAAGUCAAACAAAUUGGUGAAGGCUGGUCAGAAGAGAGAGCUUAAGAUUGUUUUAAAUAAACAGAAGACAAAUGGGAAUUUAUUCACUUGCAAGAAAGGGAAUGAUGGAAAGAAAAGAAACGUUGUUAAAAGCUUGACUGAGAAAUUUAAUACUGCUAGCAAAGAUGAAAAACAACCAUCCACAAAAUGCGCAAAGCAAAAGCAAGAAAAUAACAAUCAAAAUGACAUUGAAACUUGCAAUGAUCAGGUUAAGAAGAGAAAAAUCACACCUCCAAAGCUUGUACCUGAAGUUUUACUAAAAACAGAAAAAACUCUGUUUUCAGUAGAAGAGAGGUACACCUCUGAUAUAUCUGCCCUUAAACAAGAAGUAUCUGAUGUGCUGCAGGGAAAACUUAGAAAAAAGCAUAAACAAAGGCUUAAAGACAGAAAACUUGUGAGUCCACUGGGAGAAAUCUACAUCCCAGCUAAUACAGCCAAGACAGAAGAUUUCCUGACUUUCUUAUGUUUGAGGGGUAAGUAGGUGAUUUAAAGUGAUCAAUCAGAUCUUAGAAUUACUUGAUAAUUUGGUUUUAUCAACUAAGGUGACUAUGUAAAUAUGACACUGGGGAGGCUUUCUAGAGCUGACACUUUGGUCACAGGCCCUCCUUCCUUCACUCUUACGAUGGGCUAAUGCUGAAAAUGUCAGCUUAAGAAACUCUCUGCAGUGACCAAUUUACAUUAUCAACUCAGUUUAUAAAACCAAAUCAUCCUGUAAUACAACCCACCUCCACAGCACCACAGUUUCUUCAGAAAUUGACCCUCUUUCGAUCUUGGAUUAAAUCCCCAAAUCAAAACCUAUAACCUACGCAUUUGGUUGGACUGCAAGUUCCAGAAAAAAUUAUCCUCAGCAAUUUGUCUUAUGUCGGUCUCGAGUCAGAAAAAGACACUGAAAAUAUGAGGUGUUUUUACUGUCUUAACUAAGAGAUUAUGGUGUAGUUAUGAUUUGACGACUCUGCAAUUGAGUAAGUUCUACUUUGGAAAGGAAGAGGGUGAGUUGUGAUAAAUUCCUGGCAUUACAACUGAAAUUCUGACCAUACAUAAAACUUUAUCAGUGGUUAAUGAAAAGAAAUGCAACAAAGAAAGAAAAGAACAGUUAAGGAAAUGAAAUGAAGCCAAUCAUGAUCCAGAGUUUGACUUGGUGACCAUUAAAGGCCUCUAGAUCUCCCAUACAGGUCUUAGAAAACAAAGGAUAAACAUGAAAAUAACAAAAAUAAUAAUAAUAGUAAGUGUUGCUUGUAUUUAACAUGUGUUGUUUGCAGGUAGUGCCAGUCUUCCAAGAUCCUUUGAGGUCUUCAACAAUCCUGAUCCUUUCUUUACUCAGCCAACUCAGCAAUUUCCAGACGAAGAAGGGUUUUCCAGUCCAAUGCUCCACACACAGUCAUCAGUGACCUACUCUCCACCUUUGUCAAGUUCUCCGAGUGAGUUCUCAGCAGACUCACCUAUGUCUUCUAUAGAUGGCUGGUUGUAA